GACAACUCGAACGAUGCGGCAGCUGAUUGGCAUGAUCUCGAAUUGGCGAGAAAUCAUUUUUUUCUUCGCUUAUCUAGCGACCUUGUCGGCGAAUUGCAUCGCCGAGGAUAUUCUAGGAUGUGGCGGUUUCCUAAAGAGUCACGCCGACAUCGAUUUUACGAAGGUGCACGUGAAACUGUACGCGAAGGCUGGCACUCUGAAGGAUGAGAUCGAGUGCGCACCCAACACUGGCUAUUACUUUCUACCUCUAUAUGAUAAGGGUGAAUACACGUUGAAGGUAGAUCCUCCUAGGGGCUGGAGUUUUGAGCCGACAGAAGUAACAUUGAAUGUAGAUGAUGUUACAAAUGAUUGCAAACAAGAUAUUAAUUUUACAUUUAAAGGAUUUGGUAUUACAGGACGUGUAAUUAGUUUAGGUACUGACUCUGGCCCUAAAGGUGUUACUAUCUCUUUAUACUCAGACAGCGAUAAAAACAUUCCUCUUAAAUCGACAGUAACAGUGGAAGGUGGCAUAUUUUACUUUACUCCCAUUCAACCUGGAAAGUACAUGCUCAUUGCAUCUCAUCCCAUCUGGAUAAUGAACAAAAAUAAAGUUGAAGUGAUCGUACAAGAAGGAAAUACAGAAAUUGCAGACGGUAGUCUAGUGGUAUCUGGAUAUGAUGUGAGCGGCAAAGUUAGUAGUGAAAAUGACCCAGUGGCUGGUGUAUCUUUCAUCCUUUUUGGUAGUGGUUUCGUGGAGAAGUGUGAGACCACCCCGAUAGCUAAGGAUUUUGGAAUGGAAAAACCUCUUUGUUAUGUGACUUCAAACAAUAAUGGUAGAUUUAUAUUUCCCAGUGUAUCACCUGGCGAUUACAAACUUGUACCGCACUAUGCCGGCGCUCAAACGAAAUUUGACGUUCAACCGUCGAAAAUGUCUUUUAAAGUUAGCCACAACAGCGUAAUCCUCGCUCAAGAUUUUAAGGUAACUGGUUUCACGGUCGGCGGUUUUGUUUAUAGCUCGACGAAUGGCGAUCCUUUGCCCGGAGCAAAGAUAUUCUUGUCGCAAAAAGAGAUUGCAGUCACGGAUAAAAAUGGAAAAUAUAUAUUGGAUAAUAUGAAAACUGGCCAAUAUACACUAAAAGCAGAGUCUGCAAAUGUACAAUUUAGCGAGAAGACGGUCAAAAUCUCGCCAACUUCGCCUGAACUUCCGGUAUUGAUACCUUCGGCGUAUAAAGUUUCGGGAAAAGUAACUCUCUCCGCGAAAGGGACUUUGCAUUUUCGCAAACUAUCAGUUCAGAAUACAGCUGCUACAUUCUAUAAAGAGCUCAACAUCGACGAGAAAACAGGAGAAUACUCUGUCUAUCUUGCACCAGAUAAAUAUCAGCUGAGCGUAAUUGUGAGCACUGAAGAAAAAACUAAAGGCUUGCAAUUCUAUCCACUGCAACAAACGAUUGAUGUGACAUCUCAACCAAUUACGGAUGUAAACUUUUUGCAAUUGAAAGCUAUUUUAACAGGAACAGUAAAUUGUCUGCCACAGACAGAUUGCAGUCAAGCUUCUGUCACAUUAAAAAUACUCGACGGAGUUACGAUAAAGACAGUACAAGCCAAAGAUGGUCAAUAUCAAUUCACUGACGUGUUACCUGGCCACUACGAAGUCUUGAUCGACAACGACGUGUUUUGCUGGGAAAAUCCUAGUUAUAGAAUCUCGAUAACAUCAGAACGCGCGGAAGUGCCGCCAUUCAAGCAAACUGGCUUCUCCAUCACCUUCAUAUCUUCUCACGACACCGCCGUAGAAUAUUCCGAACCAAAUAACACAAAACUGAUUACUCUACCCCUGAGCAAAGGCAGUACGAGGCAUUGUGUGCCUAAAUCUGGUACAUACACUUUUAUCCCGAAAGGUUGUCAUGUAUACGACAAGUCUUCUUACAUUUGGGAUACGAGCAAUCUUUCCCCGAUCUUGCUUCAUUCCACUGAGCAUAUUCAUAGAGGCAAUAUUAUAUGCACAAGCGUGCAGAGUAAUCUCAAAGUAAAAAUCGAAGACGCAAGCGAUAGCGUUACGAUUGGUCCAUUAAAACCUGUUAAAAAAGACAAUGUAUACAAAUACGAAUUUGAAUUUAAAGCGAAAACGGAUAACACGUACACUAUCACCCCAUUAUCUGACAUUUUUCUAUUCAAUCCGCCGUCCUUAAAAGUUUUUGGCGUGAAUGAUUGUCAUAAUGACAUCGCAAGUUUCAUUGGUGAUUUAGGAAAGAUUAUAGCCGGAAAAAUAUCUCCACCAUUGGAAGAUGUAACAAUUCAAAUAUUUGGAAAAGAUAAAAAGUCUCCGAUUCACACAUUAGUUACACAAAAGGAUGGUACUUACAGCAUCGGUCCUUUGGAUGGAAAAAUCGAAUAUAGUGUUACAGCUGAGAAGGAGGGUUUUGUGAUCACUGGUCCCGAUGCUAAGGGAGUGUUUCUAGCACAUAAGUUGGCUGAGAUUAUCGUGCAAGUUUCUGACCAUGCUGACAACUCUUCAUUGCAGGGUGUGCUGCUUUCUUUGUCUGGCGGUCAAAGUUAUCGCAAGAACAGUAUAACUAGCGAGGACGGAAAGUUCAUAUUUCAUUCGUUAUCUCCGGGCGAGUAUUAUCUUCGACCUAUGAUGAAGGAAUAUCGCUUCGAUCCGCCGUCGAAGAUGAUCGACGUCGUAGAGGGAGCGACCGUUAAAGUAAAUCUUUUCGGUAAUCGAGUUGCAUAUAGCGCUUACGGCUCCGUAACGUCCUUGAACGGAGAGCCGGAAGUCGGUCUGUUAGUAGAGGUUCAGGGUCAAGGGAAUUGUUCCAAUCUCCAAGAAGAGGCCACAACUGAGAAGAACGGCAACUUCAGGAUCCGCGGUCUUCAGCCCACGUGCGCCUAUGCCUUCCGUUUGAAGCCGAACGUAGAAAUUAACGCUCAUAUACAGCGCACGAGUCCCAGUUCUCAACUGGUGCAGCCGAUGGAGGAGGAUAUUCACGGCCUACGAUUAAUCGCCUUUCAUCCGAUCUCGCGUACGGACGUCUCGGUGCACGUCACGUCCGCCCAGCCGGAACACUAUCGCACAAUUAAAAUAAAGUUAUGUCGGGAGGACUCUCCGGACUCGCCGGUGCACAUUUCGAAAUUGGACGUGCCACAAUCUGCCAGUAAGAACACCGGUAAUUACAAUGCCGGUUUCCUGGUGCACUUCCCGCCAUUGCAAGCUGAUGGCAGAAAAUACUUUGUGCAAUUAGAGUCAUCGUUAUCGCAAGCCGUGCACAAAUAUCGAACCAUUCCGGUUUACUUUGAGGCAAACUCGUCAUUCAAGUAUAUUAAGCUAAUGUUUAAUGCGGAGCGGAAGGUCGAUCAAAGCGACAUGAAUCAGACAUCAGUAGUUGCAUUGCCAUUUAUUAUGUUGGUUGGAUUGGCGUUUGUCAAUCGCGAGAAACUAUGGACUUGGUUGAACACACUACUCGAAAGACGCUCCAAGCCUGCGCCGAGUUCGAGAGCACCCGUUCAAGCUAUUCCCCUUGAUCCUAGAGCGGACGAUAUUAUAGUCGAGCAAAUAAUGAAUAUUAACAAGAGGAAGGCGAAGCCGCGAAAGAUAUAAAUCUUGUUGGCAUCAUCAGCUGUUCAUUACCUGUCGCAUAUUCAAUGUCAUUUCUGGUGAUCUCAAAAAAGAGAAUUAUCGAAGAGGUAAAGAUCCUAUAUCUCUCAUUCGUGUUUUAUACACCUGACUAUCAGAAGUUUGUUUGUCGAUAAUAUUUAUCACGACGAUUGUGUAUGUGUGCGCAUCUUGGAAAAAAGAUUAUUUCGAUAUUUAGUGUGCUUGAAACUAUUAGCAUUUAUAUAUAUAUAUAUAUAUAUAUAUAUAUAU